CCUGUGAAGGAUUCAAGAUUUAAUAUUGUGGGUAUAAAAAUAUGGUUUCUUGAGAAUACCCAACACAAAAUCUAUCAAUGGAUUCUUUUACUGUCAAGCUGGAUGUAGCUGCAACAUGGCGUGUUUUGUUUCUCUUAGCUUUUAUCUUCUUCUCGACCAAGUCUAUGGGAACACAGUCAGGUGCUGAAAAGGGGAUAUUGCCUAAUGCAGGUGAUUCUGAAACAAGAUUAGGUGGAAGAAUUGUGGGCCAUUCAGUAAAUGCGUUGGCAUUUGAGGGUGGAAAGAGUGUUGUGCAAGUAAGAAAACUUAGAAGAAGCCCUCUAGUCCCACCUUCUCCUAAGCCGAAUGGGCCUGUGUCUUAUUUUCGCCCAAUUCCCCCUCCACCACCACAAUUAAGAGUAUGAAGGAGGUCAGGGAUGACAUGAUGGCAUUAUCGUGUAAAAAUCAAGGGCAGCAAUCAUGCUUCUAGCAGCAGAGAGAGAGAUUGGUCAGCGUGUGUGAUAUAUUUAUUAAAAAUAUGCAACAUAAUAAUAUCUGAAGAGUUGUUUUUAUGACCUAUUAUAUU